AUGUCCGAGAAAGGUAGCGAAGGAGUGGAGGUGCACGAGAAGAAGUGGUGGACGGAGGAAGAAGACAAGAUUCUACUGACCCAAAUCAAUAACAUGAGACCCUUUCUGCAACGGAAGGACAUGCGCAAAGCAUGGGACACCAUGGCCGCGACGCUGAAAGACGUGGACGGCUUCACUCGGCCAGGCAGUAAGAAGGCGCAUAACAGGUUCCUUCUCCUCGUUCGCCAGCACAAGUCCAACAACAAUGAGGCGGCCCGGCUUUCAGGCGCCACCGAAGACAAGACCCCCAAGAGCCGCCUCCUCGAUGACCUCGUGCCCCUCUACAAUGACGCUGCGACGAAAAAUAGGGCGGCCACGCCACUGUCGGAGGCUGACGAAAAAGCCGCGAGUAUCAAGUUUGUUCGGGAGCAAGCCAUGCUGCGCGGGAAGCGCAAAUCGUUGGAGUCGAGUGACGGCUCCGACGUCGGCGGCCUCAGCAAGAAGAAAUUGAUUUUACAGUUAGAAGCUCAAGACAAGGAAGUUGAGCUCGAUAAAGAAAGGCUUGCGUUCAAGAAGCUCAAGUGCGAGCGCGAAAUGGAAGAGCGCGAGAAAGACCGGGCCGAAAGAGAGCUGGGCGACAGGAGCGCCAGCAAAUUCGAGAUAUCGAGAGCCGCCGUAACGAUGAGAUGA